AUGGCUAUCUCAUUGCAGAAUCUACUUCACCUUUCAAUCUGUUUGCUUCUCCUGAGAAGUGUAGCUAAUGCUCAAAACUGCAGCGACUGUAUUGUCCACUCACGUGCAUCAUAUUAUCCAAACUCUGACGAAAAUGGAACAGACCAUGGAGCUUGUGGGUUCGGGACAUUUGGAGCAACAGUUAACAGAGGAGAUGUAUCAACUGCAUCAGAUCUCUACCGUAAUGGAGUAGGUUGUGGUGCUUGCUAUCAGGUAAAAUGUACCAACAGUAACUAUUGCUCAGACAACGGGGUUACAGUGGUUAUAACAGACCAAGGCUCUGGUGAUAACACUGAUUUCAUUCUCAGUGAGCAUGCUUUUAGCAAGAUGGCUCAAACAACAGAUGCAGCUGCAUCUUUGAGAUCCCUUGGUGUAGUGGACAUUGAGUAUCAACGGGUUUCAUGCAGCUAUCCAGGCCAAAACAUAACAAUCAAGAUUGACGAGAGCAGCAGCUAUCCUAGUUACCUUGCUUUUGCUAUUUAUUACCAACAAGGAGAAAAGGACAUCACCGCUGUGCAACUAUGCGAGACACAAAGCUUUACCUGCAAGUUACUGCAACGAGACCAUGGAGCUGUGUGGACAAGUACUCCUCCACCAAGUGGACCGUUGUCUAUAAGAAUGUUGUUCAGUGACGGCGAUGAAGCAGAUGAUACUUGGGUUGUUCCUGUCAACAACAUACCUCAAGAUUGGCAGAGAGGAGCCAUAUAUGACUCGGGUGUACAAGUGAACUAAAAACAAAAGUCCCCCGCAUUGAUUAUUCGACCAGCUUAGAAAUGAAAAUAUGCUCUACUUUAUCUCUUUAAUGAUGUAUUUAUCAGAUUCAAGAUUCAACCUUAGCCUAGGAAUAUAAUCAAUCAUUACAUUCAUAUGAAUAUUGAAUAAUAAAGUUUAUGUUUCAAGUUACUUUUCUUAUGAUAAUACUAAGGCCCCUUUUUAGUUCAA